UUCACUCACAUGCCAUCUUUUUCUUUAAUUGUCACAAAUUUUCUCCAAACUUUCUCUUUCUAUAUAUCUAUAUAAAGUCCCCCACCACCUUCUCUCAUGUAGUAAUCCAAACAUACAUCUUUCUUCUCACCUCAUCUCAUAUUUCUCUCUCUCUAAAGCCCUUUUUCUCUCCAUCUCUUUAAUUUGAUCAAAAACUGAUUCAUCUAUCAACACCUUUUUUCCAUCUAUCAAUCAGUUUCUCCGUUUAGAGUAAAAUCAUUUGUCGUGAUGGAUCAUCACCAUAUUAAAGUCGGUUUGAGCCGUGGAGGUAAUUACAAUAAAAAUAACAACCAUCAACAACAGCAUGAAGAAGACAUGGACCUCCGACAAGGUCCAUGGACCGUCGAAGAAGACUUCACCCUCAUCAACAACAUAGCUCACCAUGGUGAAGGUCGCUGGAAUUUUCUCGCCCGCUCUGCUGGUUUAAAGCGAACUGGGAAAAGUUGCAGAUUGAGAUGGCUAAAUUAUCUCCGCCCGGAUGUUCGACGUGGAAACAUCACUCUUGAAGAACAACUUGUGAUUCUUGAGCUGCAUUCUCGUUGGGGCAAUCGGUGGUCAAAAAUUGCUCAGCAUUUGCCAGGAAGAACUGACAACGAGAUCAAGAAUUACUGGAGAACCCGAGUGCAAAAGCAUGCCAAACAACUGAAAUGCGACGUGAACAGCAAGCAAUUUAAGGAUACCAUGCGUUAUCUAUGGAUGCCAAGGCUAGUUGAGAGAAUUCAAGCAGCUGCCACCACAAACUCCAAUCAAGUGACAAUUAAUCCAAAUAUGGGUAUAUCUGAAGUUGUGCCUAUUCACAACAAUAACAACGCUAUUAAUAAGCCAAGAAUGAGUGAGAAUUCAAUUAGCACGGCAGCUUCAUCAGAAAACUCAUUUGGGACGCCUGUUUCUGACAUCACUGAUUGUUGCUACAACUAUCCCCCAGUUAUAAGUAACAAUCAGCAAGAUUAUUUUCAUCAAAGUACUCAACUCGGAGAAUCUUUAACCAUCCCCACGGGUCUAGAAUUCCAUGCUGCAAUGGAUCAGCAAAACAUGAGUCAAUGGAUGGACAAUGUGUGGAACACUGAGGACAUGUGGUUCAUACAGCAGCAACUGAACGACAACAAUGUCGUCUGAGGAUUAACCAAACUGCUUAAAUACAAUAAGAGCAAACAUCAUCACAUCACGUGUAGAAAAAACAAGUAAAGAAAAUUUGUGGAUUUAUCAAAAAUUCAUCCUUCUGUAGGACACACACAUGUAGCUUCUUGGGAGAGAGACUUGCAGGACUAAUUAGGAUUUUCAUGUUUAGUAUCUUAGAACUACUUUUCUUCUCUAUUUUAGUUUUUCUUGUCUUUUCUUUCUUUUUCCAUGGAGGGGGUUGGGUUAAAAGGAUUCAUGAUUUGUAACUUCUUUUGAUAUUAUUUAAAACAUCUCUAGUUCUUUGAA